ACAUCCACCAUGUACGGAGUGUGCACUAUUCGGUCAGCAACAGAGACUAAGUGUGCACAUGCUUACUGAACUUGAAGCGAGAUGACGAAGAAGCCUCCUCAAUUGAACACACCAGCAGCCACGCGGUCAUGCCUGUCUUCUGUUCCGUCAUCCUUCCUCCGACUCGAUCCAUAUGAUGACCUCCCGCGACGAGGUGCUAUCACCAUAUGCCAUCGCCGGAACGACGGAAGUAUCGCACUUCCUCAGGUGAGCACUACUGCAUGAUACAUAAAUACUGUCCCUGCCAGUCGAGGGCCCUCAGCAGCAUCGGCUUCACCACCCUUGCUCCUGAUCGACGGCCCGCCUUAGGUUCCUCCGUUGCCAAGCAUCUCCACCAUGUUCGGCUUCCGUACCCUUGGCUUCGCCCUCCUCGCUCUGCGCGCAUCCGCUGGACCCAUUGCGAAGCGCGCUGAGGCGUACUACAACCCUGCCGACAAUGGUGGCUCCAUGCUCACCAACGCUGGCAGCCUCGGGGAACCUUUGAACGUCAUCGUCUCGGGCCAGAGCUCCCCAGACGUGCUCUCGUACGACGGCAUCGUCAACUACGCCCGCGCGAUCGGCUUCUCCACGGAAUGCUUCGGCAUCCACCUCGGAGGCCCGCAGAGCGCCAACCUGGGCGACGGCAACGGCUGGGUCAACCAAACCGCAGAGCUGCGCGAAGACUACGGGCACGCGAACGUCGGGACCUGCCUCGAGAGCGGGAUCGGCGGGAACCACUUCAGGGUGUUCAAGCAGGAUGGGGGCGACGCGGACAGCGGGGCGCUCUUCUUAGCCGCGUCGACGGAAGAGCCGUCUACGGAACACCACACUAUUAUCCCGGACGGAUACGACAUUGGACGAGACACGCUUGUUUCAUGGGCGCUCGGCACGACGAGCUACGGUGGCGUCACGUACAGUACCACGGGCGAGAACGUCACGGGCCUGCUGCAAGCGGGCACGAGCGGCAUCAACCACGACAUUGCCAUCGAUGGUAUUGUGACUGUGCUGACCGUUACGAUCCAAUGA